UUAGAUGUCCUGCGCAUGCGUCGAAGCUUAGUCAUAAGCGGAAGCCUGACAUUGACAUUUCUAGUUACCUCCCACAAUCCUCUCUGCGUAGACGACAAGGUCAGGAUUGUCAGAAAGAUGGCGACUCAUAUGCGGUUGUUCCAGGGGAGUCUCAGAAACCUUGUGUACGUGCAGAUGCGCCGCUCUUCUGAUCAGUUGGGAGAGUUGGGCAAAGGAGCUGGAAAAGGUGGAGGUGGUGGAGGUUCAGUGAGAGAAGCUGGAGGAGCUUUUGGUAAACGUCAAGCUGCAGAAGAGGAGAGAUACUUUAGGCAAAAAGAGCAGGAACAACUGUCUGCUCUUAAAAAGCAUCACGAAGAAGAGAUCCAUCAUGCCAAGGAGCAAAUUGAACGCCUGCAAAAGGAAAUUGACAGACACAAGAACAAAAUCAAGAAGCUGAAAAAUGAUGACUAAUUCAACACUACCUGCUUUGCCUUCUCUUGUUUGUGGCUCAUACAUUAGAAUAUGCUAGAUAUUGCAUAUACAUCGGUUGUGAUGUCUUCAAAUAUAUUGAAUAAAGAAAACUCAUCAGUUCUA